AACGAGUAUAGUUGUUUAUAGUAUGAAACUUUUUUUUUUUGAAUCUGGAUAUUGUUGGAUAGGUUCUUCGACAAGACAUAAUUAACACUUAUAUAUGGUAUGCAAUUAUUGUCAUAGAUUUUUUUUUUUUUUUUUGUAUCAACACUUAUAUCAGUUGCUGGAUAAGUUUUUUUUUUUAUAUGCAUCCUAAUUAUUUUUAUUUUUAUUUUUAUUUUUUUUUAUGCAACGAGUACAGUUGUUUCAUAAUUUGGAUUUUUUAUUUAUUUAUUUAUUUUUUUACAGUAUAGUUGUUCACAAUGUUUGGUUUCUAAAAUUUUAGUGAAAAUUACCAUAUUGAAAUAAUUUAGUGAAAAUUCAUUAUAUAUAUAUAUAUUUUUUCUUUCUAUAUUGAUAUGUGUUGAGAUUACCAUAUUGAAAUAAUUUAGUAAAAAUUCAUUAUAUAUAUAGAAUUUUUUUUUCUAAAUGUUUUUUGUAUUCUAUAUAUAUAAUGAAAAUUGUGCUGUUAUUUUGAAAUAUGCAUGUGAUUUUGUUAUAUGUAUCAUAAUGUUUUUUGUUAUGUGGUAUAAACAGAUGGUAGAUUCUGAAUUGCAUGACAUUAUUGUGCACUACAAGUCCAUUGUGAAAGGAAUUUAUAAUGUUGACCCUGAUAGGUACUGUUUUAUUGAUUUGAUGGAUGAUGUUUUACAAGUGUCUUUAGAAAAUUUACCUGCACAAUUAGGAGUCUCAAUUAUCAUGCAUUGUGAUUUGCCUGGGAGUCAUGAGAAAAUGGUAGUCCAGAGUGAUGCUGAUAUGUUACAAAUGUUUAGCUUGUAUACUAAUCCUUAUAAAAAAUUUGUUCAUGUUCAUGUUGAGUUAGAAACUGUUGAAAAUUUAAACAUGGUAUGUGAGAGGAAUGGUGCUGUGAGGGAUGGUGAAAAGGAUGGUUGUCCAAGGGGUGCUUAUGUAAGUGGUGGUGAGAGGGAUGGUGGUGAGAGGGGUGGUAUGGUAAGGGAUGGUGAUGAGGAAGAUGACGAUGAUGUAGAUUAUAUAUUUGGUUUCAGUUCAGAAGAUGAGGAAUGGGAAGAUGAACAUGAAGGGUAUUCUAGUGAUAGUGGACUAGUAGAUGAAGGUACUAUGGGGGGAGUUCAAAUAAGUAGUGAUGAUGGUUUGUCAAAUUAUGGGUCAGGGGAUGAAUGUGGAUCAGAAUCAAAUAUUGAAAUAUUGGGUGAUACUAAUGAAGAAGAUAUGGCUAAGGGUAAAGCCUUUGAUUAAUGUUUGUUUGGGAUAGAAUUUCAUAGAGUUCCAGGAUAAAAGAUAGAGCUAAUGAAAGGUCACCUAGUUGACAAUAUUAAGAAAUUUAGGGAAAUGUUGAGGGAUUACGCAAUUCAAGAGUGUUUUAAAAUGGUUAGAAAAAAAAAUGAAAAAUUUAGAAUAAGAUGUCAUUGUGCUGCUACAAGUUGCCCAUGGAUGAUACAUGCAUCACCUCUCUUUGAUAAAAUCACCUAUCUGAUUAAAAAAAUAAAAAAGAGCAUACUUGUGUGAAGGAGAGCACUUCUAGGGAAGUAAUAUCAACAUGGAUUGCUAUGAAGUUUGCAGAUAGGAUAAGAGAGAAUCCUGAGAUUAAAAUAGCAUCUUUAGGAGCUGCAGUGAAGACACAAUACGGAAUUGAACCUAGAGAAUACAGUUGUAUAGGGCAAAGAGGAAGGCACUAGAGGAAAUUGGGGGUAAUCAUGCUGAAGCUUACACAUUACUUCCAGUUUAUGCAAAUGAAAUUGAUAAAACAAAUCCAGGAAGCUUGGCUAAAAUUAAGAGGUUUAGGGCAAAUUUGUAUGUGAACCCAGUCUUUAACAGAAUUUUCAUCUCUUUUGAGGCACUAGCCACUGGUUUGAAGAAAUGAUGUAGACCAUUUAUUAGUCUAGAUGGCUGCCAUUUGAAAGGACCCUUUGGUGGUGUUCUACUUGCAGCCACUGCACUAGAUGGCAACAAUGGCCUUUUCCCAGUGGCCUAUGGUGUUAUGGAAAGUGAAGGAAGGGAAAGUUGGGGUUUUUUUUCUAACACAUCUAUAGACUAUGAUUUGUAAAGAUUUUGAGGACAACCCAUGGACUUUCAUGUCUGAUCAACAAAAGGAACUGGAUUCUGCAUUUUCUUAUAUCUUUCCUAAGGCCCACCAUAGAUAUUGCUGCAGACAUUUAUUUAAUAACUUUAAAAAGAAGUACCUUGGUUUAUUGUUAAGGAAGUACUUUUGGAGGACUGCAAGAGCUUACAACCAAGCUGAUUUUGAUAUUGCCAUGGGGCAUUUGAGGAAUCUUACAGAAGAAGGGUAUAAUAAUUUGAUGGAAUUGCCUGUAUCAUCAUGGUCUAGGCAUGGGUUUGAUGAAAAUGUGAAAAAUGAUCAUGUCACAAACAAUUUAAGUGAAUCAUUUAACAAUUGGGUUGGUGCAUAAAGAAAUAGUAAAAUUCUGAACAUGUUAGAAUGGAUUAGGAUGCAAUUGAUGGGUAGGAUUUAAAAGAGGUAUGAGGUGGCAUGCAGUUGGCAAACAGUGUUGACUCUUAACAUUAGGAAGAGGUUGAACCAACUGAUAGAGGAAUCUAGACAAUGUAGUGUCAUCUUUGCUGGAGCGGAUGAAUAUGAAAUAAUGGAUGAAACUAGUACAAUUGUGGUAGACCUUGGUGCUAGGACUUGUGUAUGUAUGGCAUGACAAAUUUUUGGCCUCCCCAAGCAUGCAACUGCUGCAAUGGCUUACAAGAGAAUGAAUAUUGAUCUGUUUUGUGAUGAAAUUUUUGUAAGGAUGUUUAUUUAGAAGCUUAUGGGGGAAUGAGAUAUCCCAUAGUUGACUCAAAACUAUGGCCACCUACUCAUGGUGAUCCACUUGAUCCUCCUCUACCUUAUAGAAGGCCUGGCAGGCCAAAGAAAAAUAGAAGAAGAGAUGCAGAUGAACUUGCAGUAGGGACUAGUCAAGUGAAAAGGUCAAUGACCAUAAGAUACAUGAUUUGCAAGGCUCUUGGACAUAACAAAAGAACAUGUCCAAAAAAUGCAAAUAAGGUCCAGAAAGGAAGUUCUUCAAAAGCUGCAAAUGCAAGUGGUCUAGAGGGAAGUUCAAGCACAUCUUAGGUAAUUUAAUUAUCUGGUUUAUUUUAAUUAAGUGUUUUAAUAAAAACUGAAUU